AGUAUAUCUAUAUUAUAGUGCGAAAAAGUUGAGAGAUCUGUCCAUGAGAGGUUUUGGUCAAGGUUGGCAACUCAGUGGGAAGGUCAGAGUGUAUAUAAAGUGCGUGGUAUCCACCUCUUACUCACUCCACCUUCAACACCAACAGCAGCAUGAAAAAUCUGGUGUAUUCAGCAGUGGCUUUGGCUGCUAUCAUUGUGGUAGCGGAGGCCCAGACAGCCUUCCUGGCUACACUUAACAAUGCCCAGAUUAGUUACCUCUCCUCCGAGGAGGGUCUUAACGCCAUGAUCACAUGUUACCAGACUAGAAACGACCCCGCAUGCUCAGAUCUCGUACUGCGGACCCUGGCUGAAUUCCCAGAACGGGUGAGGAGCAACUGCAAACCCGCUGCAAUUCUGAUCAACGGCGAACUUACCAGAAUAUCCUCAGCCAAGUCAGCUCCGAAUAUCCUGCUCAGUUCAACACGUUGAGGGACUCUUCCUGUCCUAGA